GCAAUUGGAUUUCAAUCAGUCAAGCUGGGGAAACAAGAUGCUGAACAACGUCUGCAGAGUGUGCGGAAGGCAGAAGAUCUGUGAAAAGAGCCUGAAUCUCUUCGAUUUGGUCAACCGAAGGUUUCUAAAGCACUUGCAUAUGAUAACCGGCCUCAGGUUGUGUCCAAUGGAGAAUGUUCCGGGUUUCAUGUGCCUCUGCUGCCAGGCGGAGCUCAGAUCGGCCUUGGCGUUUCGCAAGCUGUGCGUCAAGACCCAGAAAAAAUGGCUGACCAUCGAGGAAGAUUCCUCAUCGGAUGAGGAAAGUUCCAAUGCGAAAACGAAGCUCGAAUCGGAAAAAUGUGCUUCGCUCAGCAUUUUUGGCGAACCCGAUGAAUGCGAAGAGCUGGAAGAAACGUUUCAAAUACUCAUUAAGGAGGAGCCAUUGGACAAUGUGCUGAUACGAGAUCCGGAGGAUUUGGAAGAAUUGAAAUCGGUAUCGCAUUGCAACACAAAUAAAGAAAUACUUGAGACCUCUGUGCCGCGACAAAAGAUUCUCAGAAGUAUAAGCAAACCCAAGACCGAUGACCACAUUUACAUAUGCGAGCUGUGCGGAACCCAUGCCACCUCGAAAUCCAAUUUCCAGCGGCACAUGAGGAAACACACGGGAGAGCGGCCAUUUGGAUGCAAGGAGUGUGAUGCCCGGUUUCUCGCGGCCGCCGAACUACGUGCCCACCUCCGUGUCCACAGCAAAGAGCAACCGUUUGCCUGUCGCUACUGCGAGAAGAGGUACGUCAGCUACAUGGGUCGGAUGGUUCACGAGAGGACUCACACCAAUGAGAGGCCCUACGUGUGCGAGGAGUGUGGAAAGAAGUUCACCACCGCCUACGUCCUCAAGAACCACAUGCUCAUCCACACGGGCGAGAGGCUUUUCCGGUGCGAGCUUUGCGAUCGCGCCUUUCAGAGGAAAGCGCAUCUUAUAACGCACUUUCGAUCUAUGAUGCAUCAACUAAAUCAGAAAAAUCAGCAAAGUCUCUUGAUAUUAGGAGGUUAACUCGCUUCAAAAGGAAAUCUUACUUAAUUGCAAGGAACGACGAUCAAGUGGUGUGAUGUCUAAGCUAAAGAAUUAAU